AGCAGCAGGUCCACUCCACUCUGCAGGCCGAUGAGGACUCCCUGGAAUACAUCGAAAGCCUCAUCAUCUGCCUCCUCAACAUGCUGUGCAGCGUCCAGCCCCACAACGUCCACGACAUCGAGGACAGGGUCCAGAAGACCUUCCCUCGCCCCAUCGACCAGUGGGCCAUCAACGACGCCCGGCUGGCUCUGGAGAAGGGGCGCAAGAAGGCACCCCUUGUCCUCCCGGUGGAUAAGAUCCACCAGCUCUUGAAGGAGGUACUUGGCUAUCGCGUCGAUUCGCAAGUCUCUCUCUAUCUAGUGGCAGUGCUGGAGUACAUCGCAGCAGAUAUUCUCAAGUUGGCAGGCAACUAUGUGAAGAACAUCUGUCAUGGCAAUAUCAGUCUACAAGACAUAAAAGUUGCCAUGUGUGCUGAUAAGGUGUUGAUGGAGAUGUUCUGCCAGGAUGACGAUGACGCAACUGCAAUGUCAUCUCUGAGUCUGGAAGAUGAACAAGACAGCAGGACGGGGACGCUAACUUACGAUGAGAUCGUCAAGGACCUGAUCAUGGAGGAGACUCAGUAUGUCCGAGAUCUCAACCUCAUCAUCAAAGUCUUCAGGAAGAUAUUCGUUGAUGCACCACAACACUUUAUAGAAGAAGACGUGGACGCCAUCUUUGGUAACAUCCUAGACAUCUAUCAGUUGACGGUAUCUUUCUUGGGUCUCCUGGAAGAUGCCAUGGAGAUGCUGGAUGAUAGUAACUCAUUCCUUGGUAUUGGAGAGUGCUUUGAGGAGAUGGCUGAGGCUGAAGAAUUUGAGGUGUAUAGUCCCUAUGCUGCACGGAUCCUGAGUGACGACUGUAGGAAUACAAUACAGAGACUUGUAGCAAAGCCAGAAGUAGCUGAAUACCUUCAAGAGCACAACAUUCGUGAUGCCGUAUCUUACGUCUUACCUAAGCUUCUACUAGAACCUAUCUACCACUGUAUACACUACUUUGACUCCUUGAAGUUAUUAUUAAAGACCUCACCUAAUGAGGAGGAACAAGAAAAAUUCAAACAAGCAUCCCAUCUUCUGAAGAGCUUGCAAGCAGAGCUAGACAGAAUAUGUGCCGGUCACUUGCCAAAAAGGAAGACGGGGAGGGAGUCCUCGUUGAGGUUUCACCGCAGGUUAGCGUCGAGACAGGUCUGCAUCCAGCGUAUGAACGAGAUCCAGAAGAACAUUGAAGGAUGGGAGGGGAGGGAUAUCAGUGAGCUGUGUAACGAGUUCAUCAUGGAAGGCAACGUCGGCAAGGUUCACACGGGCAAGAACAAGAAGCCAAACACAGAGAGGCACAUAUUCCUGUUUGAUAGUAUGAUAGUAUGCUGCAAGGUGAACACAAGGCGGUCAGUCUCGAGCUCGUCGCCAGAGUACCGCUUCAAGGAGCGGUACUACCUCAGGAAGAUCAAGGUCGUUGAUAAGCACGAUGGUGACGAUGUGAAGAAUUCAUUUGAGAUUGAGGUCAAAGACUCGCCGCAAACGAUAGUUUUCUUUGCCAAGAGUGCAGAAGAGAAAACAAGUUGGAUGGAGGCAUUAAUAACUCUGUUACACAGAAGCACUCUGGAAAGAAUGUUGGACACCAUCCUACAACAAGAAGAGGCUAACCAGCCCCUCAGGCUUCCGUCUCCGGAGGAGUACUGCUUUGUAGAGGAAGACUCACCGGACAACAUCGUCUUUGAGGAAGGUCAGAAGUCAAUGGCAGGGGUGCCGCUCAUCAAGGGAGGAACACUCCUGAAACUGAUCGAAAGACUGACCUAUCACAAGUACGCUGACCCGUCCUUCGUCCGAACCUUCCUGACCACCUACAGGUCAUUCUGCAAACCGCAGGAGCUUCUCUCGCUGCUCUUCAAGAGGUUUGAGAUCCCAGACCCUCCGCCCACGGAAGAAGACCAAGCAGCUAUUGACAGAGGAGUGAGUGUGGUCAGAGAAGAUCUGAAGAGAUUCAGGAAAGAAUAUGCACAACCUAUACAACUCAGAGUACUGAAUGUGUUUAGGCACUGGGUUGACCAGCACUUCUACGACUUUGAGAGAGACGAGGAGUUACUUCAAAGCUUGCAGAAGUUCAUUGAUGAUUCAGUAAGAGGGAAAGGAAUGAGGAAAUGGGUGGAGUCCAUCAAGAAAAUCAUCAGUAGGAGAGUGAGGUCCGAUGCUGAAGAGCAGAGGCAUAUACUAACCUUUGAGAGAGACCCUCCUCCCUUAGAACAUCAUAUAUCCAAGGCUCCUCAAGACUUUGACAUUAUGACGCUUCAUCCAAUAGAGAUUGCAAGACAGCUGACUUUACUCGAGUCAGACCUGUACCGAGCAGUGACUCCGUCUGAACUGGUUGGAAGUGUCUGGACCAAGAAAGAUAAACACCUUACAUCACCAAAUUUACUCAAGAUGAUCCACCAUUCAAAUAUGUUCAUCUUAUGGUUAGAGAAGUGCAUUGUGGAGACAUCCAACCUUGAGGAGAGGAUAGCUAUAGUAUCCAGGGUCAUAGAGAUAAUGAUGGUGUUCCAAGAGUACAACAACUUCAACGGUGUACUGGAAAUCGUCAGUGCGUUCAACUCAUCUGCCAUCCAUAGACUGGAGCAUACCUUUAGGGACUUGAGGAAGAAGCAAGUUUUAGAAGAAGCCAAAGAACUAGGCACCGAUCACUACAAGAAAUAUCAAGAGAAACUCCGCUCCAUCAAUCCACCUUGUGUGCCUUUCUUGGGAAUGUACCUAAGCAACAUCCUGUUCAUAGAGCAGGGCAACCCGGACUUCCUGUCCAACUGUCCCGACGGCUUGAUCAACUUCAGCAAGAGGAGAAGGGUAGCCGAGAUCACCGGGGAGAUCCAGCAGUACCAGCAUCAACCGUACUGUCUCAACUCUGAACCCGACAUCAGGAAAUUCUUUGAGGACUUGAAUCCUCUCGGUGACAUGACGGAGAAGGAGUUCCAGGACUAUCUCUACGAAGCUUCCCUGGAGAUUGAACCAAGAAACUGCAAGCAGCUGCCAAAAUUUCCCAAAAAGUUUGAGUACUCCCUGAAGUCCCCUGGUAUCAAACCUUCCAGCAACAGACAUAUGUCAUUAGUUGGAACGUCAAGACAGGCCAGUGAGCUCCGGUCUCCCGGGUUCCAGAGGAUGCAGGAUGAGGAGGCCACCUCCCCCAAAUCUAGUGCCACGCCCCCAUCUCCUAGAACACCGACUCUCAUAACACCGUCAUCUAUCUUUGACCACAGUGUCUUCAGCGUUGUGGAUAUUCCAAACAACUCCAACCCGUCAUCUACAGCACCAGAGGAACCACCGGAAGUUCCCCCUCCUCUACCGCCCCGAAGCCGUCUUAGUUCCACCCCGAAUUCUCGCACUCAGGAUCGCUUGCAUGACCUACCGCCAUCGCUUCCUCCCCGAUUCAACCACGCCCCUCCGUUACCACCCAGACAUAAUGCUCAAUCAUCACAGACAAUGAAUGGUGGUACACCGAGUAUACCCCCUAGGACUUACCGUAACACCCUUCAACGCAAGGUGUCGAAUCCGUUGCCGAACAAGUCUUCCAUCGGGCCAUCCAACACAACGACGGCGGCGACCAGGCCGCCCCCUCUCCCGCCACCAGUCACGCAUGUCCAUGAUUCAGACAUCUGGUUGCCAAGGACUCCUCAAACGCCGAAGAGCCACGCCUUCUUACUAUCGCAUAACUCCCCCAUGUCGUCAUUUCCAAUGAACAACACUGACCACAGCCAUAUGGGUUUCACGAAGCCGUUGAUGCCCCCGCCGCGACCCCGCGGUCCCCGAUUGACCGAACCGGACAGGCCACCCAGGACUCCUUCCAAGGAAAAUCAGUUGACACCGGAAGAUCUGAAAUUCUUUGAAAGCUCUUACUAACAGCAUGGGGGUGUGUGUGUGUUUGUAACAAGCAACUCAUCAGACUUGUCGAGGAGAUGGUUUGACACAUGCGGUGGCAGAUUGUUGACCCAAAGGCAAGAACAGUACUCGGACUUCAGCAUUGGUGCCUCCGUCUCAAAGACAGACGGGGUCAUUCGUAACAAAGGCUAGAGAGGAGAAACUCUCCCGUGAAACCUGCUUUUAUUGUAAUUGAUUAUCACCUCUUGUCCAAUGACUAUGCAUUGAAAUGUGUGAAUCAUGUACCAAAAAAAAUGUUGUCUCGUGUCUAAAAUAAUCAAACUAUUUUCCCCUUAAAGACAAUACUGGGCGGAAUGUCUUCAGAAGAAGAAAUGCAAAGCAAUGCAAACUGUUUGAGUUUCGAGGAAGGGUUGGCGUGAAACCCCAGUUACAGUUACAUCCAUGAAAAUUAAUUCUAUCAGACUCAAAUAUCAAAAUUCAUUUAUUGAUUGUAUAUCGUAUGAAGCUGGAAUGAACAGAAUAAUUUAUUAUGUAUAGUAGGGAAAAACAAAGUGUUCAAAUCAGUCAUGACUUAUUAUUUUUCUUCUCUUCCAAGCAGUAGAUUUUGUGAAAUAAAUUUGAAGGGGAAAACCAGCCAAUUUUGUUCAUUUCUGAUGCUGAUCAGAAAUCUAAACCUCAACCCCCUGAAGGUUUUUUUUUUUAAUCCCUUAGGGUGUUAUGUUUACAGAGUGGCUGGCUAUCCAAUUAUCCUUCCCAGAUAAAAGAUAAUGAAGAAAGAUAUAAGUGUUAUAUUUAGGAUCUGGUCAUGGAAGAAGCAUGUAUUUUCAAGUUUGGGAAGUGCAGAUACAAAUUCGAUGAAUAUUUAAAGAAUGUUUUCCCCAAACCCAUUUCAAUUUCACCAAACAGGAACAUCAUGUCACAAGGUAUGAAUAUGUAUUUUCUCAAUUCACUUUUUUUCUUUUGACUAUUAAAUAUGUAUGAAUAGUAAAUAUAUGAAGCAAGAGCCGAGAAGUUCAAAAGUGCAAUAAGUCAUAUCAUAGAAACUAAAAAUAAAGUCAGAAAUUAUUUUUUCAGCAAUCUUUAUGGGGUGAAAGAACAAAAAAAGAGACAUUGGCAAAUCUCAAAUUUUCAGAUUAUAUCCAUUCAUUGUGAUUUAAUUUCAUGAUGGACAACUUGGCAAGUUCCUUUUAGGUAAACUCAUUGCCAGUAUGAAAAAUUGUCCACUGUGAGUGAGUGAGGCCCUAUCAUAUUCUUUAUGCAUUACUGCAGCUAAUAUAAUUUUGUCACAUGGGAUACAUACAUACAUGCAUACAUUAAUAUUUUUAUAUAAUGCUUUACAAUUAUAUGACAAAAAGUAAAUUCUGCUCUCUAAGUGUUUACAAAAAAAUGUAAUGGGGAUAUUAAUGUUAUUGAGAAAGCAGAUGCAUGUAGGUCUUUAACUUAUUUUGGAAUACUUUUAAUGAAGAACAUGAACGGAUAUUGAUAAGGAGGCUUUUCCAAAUACUGGGACCAGUGAAGCUAAAUACAUUGCUGACCUUUCUUGGAGUUCAUUUUAGGAGUGUAUGAAGGAAAGGGAUCUUAUCUAGGGAUGUAUAAAUCAAUUGACAGAUCAGUAUUCUAGUGGAUAGUGAAUAAUGAAUCAAAUCAAGGCUUUCAUAUCAUAUUACCUUGCUAAUUGGACAAGACUCCUAUUGAGAUUAAAGAAUACUUGUAGUAGGGAAUUGCGAUCAAUUGAAAGUCAAACAUGGGUCCUAAAACCAAUCGUACGUCUGGCCUGUAAUUGCCAAUUCUGACUUCAUUGCUUGUCUGCUUCUAAUAGCAAAUACUUGGUUCUUGAAUUGAUUUUGUUACAUGGCGAGGGUGUAAUGAUAAUAUGAAGAUCAGUGAAGAGGAAUAUUAGCUUGUGUUGCGGCUGCUGUGAGUGAAUACACCCCCCUCCAAAUUUUUUCUAUCCCGAUCUCUAGUUUCUUACAUGUAGAAGUGAUACAUUUUCACCUCGGAAAAUAAGCGUAGCAUGAUAGUUGAGAGCACACAUCCACUGUCGAAAAAGAACGUGAUAAUUAUUAAAUAACAGUUAUACAGUGAAAAGGUUAGAGUUGGGCUUCCUGCAUAGUCUUGUGUUGUGGCAUGGCUGUAUGAGGAUGUAAUGGUAUCUGUUACAUAAUGUCAUCGUAUAUUGGCCCUACCUGCAAGACCGCUCACUACUAUGGCCUAAUUGAACCUCCCUUAUAUACCUGUCAAGAGUUUUGGUAAGUUGGUAAAAAAAAAAUUAACUUGCAUCUUCUGGAGAUAAUGCAUGAAACAUUGUCAAGUCUUACAAGCAUUGUUAAGAUUCUCGACAGAAAGUUUUUAUAGUAUUAUAGCUUAUUCAUUUAUUUCUUGUUCAGGUGAGAGAAGCAUUCACCUAGUCGGUAAUCCAUUCUUUUCAUGUUAACCUGUUCCAUUUACAUCAUACUGGGUGAAGGACAGACAUGUACACCUUUGUAUUGACUGCAUUAUUCUUGGUGUUGGGUUUGUCAAAAUCGUGCACACUUGGGGUGGUAUUCUGAAAGUUUGUCUUAUCUUUUCUUACAACUGUUCUGUAAUCUCAGCCAGAGAACAGCUUGCUAAUGUUAUUCCAAAUCGGAAUUCUGAAAAUUGUCCUAUCUCCCGUAAGGAUGUCUCAUAAUUUAUCUCAGAAAACACCCUUUUUUCUUUGGUCAGCCAGUCGUUAAAUGCUUUAUGUGAUGAGAUCAACCGAUAGAAGUGUCUCUUUUAUGAAAAUGUCUAGCGCAUUGUUGAAAUGAGGUGCAGUUUCCUUGACGCCCCUGCUGCUUAUGCAAUGUGCUUCUGUGCUAAAAAUACACCUGGCUGUUCUCCCAGGCAUAUUUUCUUUGAAAAGAUUCAUCAUCUCGAAUGAAAAAUCUCAUUCAGUAUCAAGUUACAAUAGACCCCUACCUGUUGUAAAUUUUGUUGUAUAUUAACAUAAAAUGAAAAGAUUAGAGAAUUUUCAGAAUACCAUUUAUUUCAAUAUUUCAUCCUGCGCACAUCAAUUUAUGCGCCGUUUUUUAGCUUUGACCAUAUUUUAACUCUGACAUCAUGAGCAUUCAGUGAAAGUUACCAUAAUAGAUAACAAAAUUAUCAGAAUACCAAUUUUAUCGUAACUCUGAAGAUACAAGACAAUUUUCAGAAUACGGCCCCUGUGCAAUGAAUGUCAAUUGUAUUGAAAGAAAAUGGAAUGGCGAUGUAAUCUUUUUUAUACCACCACCGAACAAAGUUUGAAGGGGGUGUAUAGGAAUCGGCGUAAUAUGGUCAGGCGGGUGGUCCGUUGCAAAUUUUGCAUGUUUGAACUUCUUCCUCAGUUUUUAACCAAUUCUCAUGAAAUUUGGCACACACAUAGAUCUUGGCGUAAAGAUGUGCAAGACACAUUUUUGGGUGGUCUGUUUCUGAAAUCAUGUUGGCUUGGUAAAAGUAUAUAAUUAUGGCAAAAAUUAGGUAAAAAAUCUUGUGGUUCAAACUACUUUCUAAAUUCUUAACCAGUUCUCAUGAAAUUUGGCACACAAGUUGAUCUUGUGGUAAAGAUGUGCAAGACAUAGUUUUGCAUGUGUCGGAAAUUGUGUGGUAAUGGUAUUUUGUGUCAAUAAUCGGGUAAAAUGUUAUUGUUCAAACUUGUACUUCCUCAUUUUUUGACAAAUUCUCAUGAAAUUUGGCACACACAUUGGUCAUGUAACGGUAUACUACAACAAUUAAUUUGUAAACGUCUUGUAGAUUGAACUAAUUCAUUUUAUGACCUACGCUCAUCAAUUUAGCACAUGCAUAGGUCUUGAGUUAAAGAUGUGCAAAACACAUUUUUUCGAAUAUUUAAGAAAUUGUGUUGCCAUGGUAACUGCAUAUAAUGGCCAAAAAGCCCAGGAAAACCCACUGCGGAUCAAACUACUUCCCCAGCAUUUGGACAGUGCUCAUGAAAGUUGGCACCAAAAUUUAUCUUGGGUAAAGACAUGUAAGAUUCGUUUUCCAAAUGUGUUGGAAACUAUGUUGCCAGGGUACUGGCUUAAGGGUGGGUGUAUAAAUCACCCUCAGUGAUAUUUCUAGUUUUUCCACCUAUUAUUCUUUGUGAAAAUUUAGGUUUCGAUUCAUUAGGUAUCUAGUACCCUCUCUCAGUAAUCUUAUUUUUCUUCGUAAUUUAGUGAUCAGAUAUCUUGAAACUUUUUUACCAUUCCUUGCUUGAGGAAAAGAUAAUACAUGAUUAAAAUAUUUCCAUGUUAAACCACAUGAUUUAUCAAAUAAAGCAUUAGUGACUUUGGAAUAGUGAAAUUGCAAGAAAAUAAUUCAUAACUAUGGCGAAGGCGAGGAUAAUUUAAUUUUUUUACGUCACCAGGUCAAUGUUUAGGUUAAGGCUUUAGUCAGCCAUACCUGAAUAUAAUGCUUAUUAUAUAGUUAAAGUUAAAUGUGAUUCAAUUCAUACUAUCAAAGGGGAAGUUCACCCUGACGAUAAAUUGGAUUUUAUAAAAGCAGAUUUAAUAAAAGAAAAAAAAUAUUGGUGAAGGUUUGAUGAAAAUGCAUUAAAGAAUAUCAGAGUUAUGAUUUUAUGAUGUCACAGAGGAGCAGCUCCUUGUGAUGUGUGAUAUAAAUUCCGCAAAAUGUCAUUCACAUCGUAGAAGAAAAAUAUUUUGAUUCAUCAUGGUUUAUGGGAUAAAACACCUACAGGACUGGUUGCAUAUGACUUAAUUAAUUAAAUUCUUUAAAGGUUAAUAACUUUUUGUUUUAUGGAUUUUCAAAUUUUACUACUUUUCUGUCAAUUUUUUUACUUUUAUUAUAACCAACUUGUCAUCAGUGUGGAUACUCCCUUUACUUAAUAGCCACAUCUCGCACAAGUUCACUUUCAGGUCAUUCGAUCAAAAGAUUUUCACCCUCCCCCCCCCCCCAAUAAAAUAUUUUGUAAGUGCAUGUCAGACCUAAAAGAAAAACUAAACCAAACAAAACAUGGUUUUAGUCAUUCAUUUUGACAUCACAGUAACACAAAAGGCCAAAUCACGUUUGGACAUUUAUUUCAGAAUCCUGAUUGUAUGCAUACAUUAUGCAUAAAUAACUAAUUUAAGAGAGUCAACAUUCAAGGUUUGCCUUUCUACACUGUUGAUGUGUUGUUUGGUUCAGAUAAUACGACUGAGAAAAUUGGAAGACUUAACAAGAAACAGAAGCCCAUGAUUGUGACUUUAACUACUGUACUACGAGCAACUAGUUUGAAUGUACUGUAUUUUUAAUGAUGUUUACCAGAGUGGGGAUCUUUAAUACUACAACUUGGUGAUACAGUGAUCAUCUUUUUUUUUUUAAUGAAAUCAUGUUUGUGUAAUGCAAAGCUUGUCUGGUAAUGUUUUAAUAUGAAUAUUUGUUUUUGGAGUACCAGGCACUAUAACUUUGAAUGAAAAUUUAUUUUGUACCAAAUAUGAAGUGUCCUCCAUUUCUGUGGGAGUUUAACACCCAUUAUAAAGGAACUUUUAAUAAAAUAAUUGUUGUAUAGAAA